ACCGCCACCCUCCACCGCCCCGUGCUCCUCUCCGCCUCACGCCAUGGUGAAGCUCGCCACGGCCCGCGAGGUCCGGACGUACGGCCCCCGCACCCUCCGCAAUCGGUGGGAAUACACCAACGCCGGCCUCCACGUCUUCUCCUCCGCCCUACUCUCCGCCGGCUUCUCCACUCAGCUCCUCGGCGGCCGCGAGGCGGGCCUAGCAGUCGUCCUCGUGGCGCUGGCCGUUCUGGCGCUGGUCAACGCGCACGACCUGGUCGCCCACCUCGCCGGCGUCGACUUCCGCCUCGGCCUCAUCCGCUACGACCUCCAGCUAGCCCUCGUCGAGCUCGCCGUGCCUCUGCUCCUCACGGCCGCCUCCGCCGUCACCUUUCUCGGGAUUCUGUUCCUUCUAAUCCAGGAUGAGCAAGGAGCGGCGGAGAACAUGCUGAUCGCCGGGCCUCUUCUUUGGCUGGUGGGGUCGAUCCACAACGCGUGCCAAAUCUACGAGCGCACCGACGGAGUCACGCAGAUACUGCAAGCCGGCGUCAGCGUGCCGUUCCUGAUGGGCAGCCUCCUCUUCUUCGUCGCCGGCGUCUUCAAGAGCCAAGCCGUGAGCUAUGGUUCGAAGGAUCGCCGCCAAAGCCUCGCACUGGGAAGGAUUUGGUGCUGGCUGUGCACGUCGGCGAGCCUUUUGUUCCUGGUGGGCGGGCUGGCGAACGUGGCGAAGGUGUACAGGAUGCAGCAGAGGGAGGAGGGGCUGCGGCUGGAGAAGCUUCGAGGAGGGGCGCAGGAGAGGCUCUUCAGGGACAGAGAAGGCCGGAUUCCCUUCCUAGAGAGCCGGUCGGCCGACGGCGACGCUGCGUCCUUGCGGAGAACCAGCACCGCAGGCGCGACGGCGAUGAUGACUGCGCCACCUUCCAGUUCUAGAGCGUGAAGCUAAUUUAGAAGUACGGAAACAAUUAAGAAGAUGGUCGAUGUGUUGUUUUGCAUAAAUAAGUUUGAUGAUAAAAUUUAAGACGCAAGUAGAUUUCUAAAAAUAUUCAUUAAUCUUGGACUUUUGUGAGUUUUUUACGGGUAAAAA